GGAUCCCGUCCGCUCUCCCCUAGACAAGCCGGAUACCGCCAGACUAGUAGUUGGGUCGGUGACGACCAGCGAAUCCCUGGUGUUGUAUGUUUUUUCCUCCUUUUUUUUUUCUCCUUUGUCUUGUUUGAUUCAUAUUGGUCAUAGUAUCUAGUGAUAUUGGGGAUGUUCAAGACAUAGAAACGCUAAUAACUACACAGGUGACAUGGACAAGCCGAUUUACCGAUAUUAUGCUGAGCGUAAAUGGCGUGGCUUGCCUUACCGUAUCAUCACACAACGUAUCAAGCAGCUCAACAUUGUCCCCGAUGUGCUACCCAAGUUUGAUCCCGUUGUAGAUGUUCAACUUUACUUCCGACGAAUCAAGGUUAAUCCCGGUGCUAUUCUUGAUUCCCGGAUUACGGAAGUGCCACCGCGCUUGAGAGUUCAAGUCUUCAACCCUGGCGAGCGCCUCGUCUCAGUCGUAGUUAUGGACUCGGAUGUGCCCAACGCGGAGACGGACUCCUUUGAUAGGCGGUGUCACUAUCUUGCGGCAAACGUUCCCAUCUCUCCUAACCAACCCUCUUUGCCCCUAGGCAGGGUCAAUAAGGAGUCUCAACUUGCUGUACCGUGGCUUCCUGCCUUCUCUCAAAAGGGCGCGCCAUACCACCGAUUAUCUGUCUUUGUUUUAGAACAGAAGCCAGGGGAGAACAUAGAUAUUGCUAAGUUGCGAGAGUUAUACUCCGGCCGGGAUGGUUUCAGUCUCAAGAGCUACCGAGACAAGUUCGGCCUCACACCAGUCGGCUUCAACAUCUUCCGGACCAUCUGGGAUGAGGGCACUGCUGGCGUUAUGGAGAGGGCCGGUAUCCCGGGCGCCGAUAUCCAAUUCAAGUUCAAGAGAGUAUACUCUCUCAAGGAGGAGAAGAAGCCGAGGGGAUGGGAAGCCAAGAGGCAGAAGCCCAAGUACAGAGGCUUAUGGAAAUACAGCAAGAGGAUCUAUGGUAUCGCUCAUGGUCGUCAUUAAGCGUAUUAUCAAAGUUAAUGUAUCAUAUGUACAUAUAUCAAAAGAGACGAAUUGUAGAUGGACCGUGGUCGCAUCAAGAUUUAGUCGUGACUUUGUAUACGACUGGCACUUUCAACUCGUAUAACUACCUCGCUUAUAGGUAGGUACCUAAGUUAUACAGUUCUAGUCGAGCUGAAACUUGAAUCUAGUCCACUCGCCGUUGUUAUAUUAACCCC